GGUCCACGCCGUGUCCAGCGACUUCGCGGCCGCCGAGACCUACCUGCGACGACGACAGACGCUGCUGCGCGGUGAGGACGCGGGAGCCCGUCCCGGGGCGCCCACGCUGCGGACUCGGGGCGUCCCCGCGACGGGCCUCACAACCCCGCACAUCCUUUAUCGGGGCGUGGGUCGGUGCUGCCCCGGGCUGCGUCCCCUCGUGCCCGCAGCGGCGCGAGGACGGGUGCGGUGUGCGUGGCGGUGCGGGGACCUCGGGGCUCCUCACCCGGCUCGCGGCGUCCCCGGCGCAACGCAUCCGGCCGCCGGCAGAGGGCGCCGGGCCCCCGCGGGCGGCACCAGCCGCUCCCCGCCGAGUUCUUUCAGGGGGAAACUGAGGUCCAGGGAAGCAGGAGGGAAGGUCGGGGGCGCCUGGUCGUUCGGAGUAAAGGUGUCGGGCUGGGGGUUCUCGGCGAUCAGAGUCCCAGGCUGCUUUUCUCCCGUCUCUCCAGAAAGGGAAAUUGAGGCACACCGCCCUUCCAAGGUGCAGGGAGUCCCGACCGCUCCUCUCCCAGCUUGGGCGAGCCGUCAGGUCGGUCAGCAGAGGCCGCUCCGUUGGUGACCUCAGGCUCCGGCCGGUGGCUUCGGCUCUGUUUCUCCUCUUUGUGCGCGGGGAACGGGCUCCGGCGCGGGCAGGGCCCCCGCAGUUUUGUUGUUUCGCUGCACGCCUUUGCGAGACCACGCCCCCUCCGCGCUAUUGGUCCAACAGUUUCCCGGAGGCGGGUCUCUGGUGCGGGCCACGCCCCCGACCUGUCAUAUAAGCGCGGCCCGGCGGCGUUCCCGGGAAUUUCCAGCCGCGCCUCCGCCGCGCAGCACGGGCGCUGGGCGCUGGGCGCUGGGCGAGCUCGUCUCCGCCGCUCACGGGUUCGAGGCCAGGGUGGGCGUGCCAUGCUGUUCGACAAGGUGAAGGCGUUCGUGGUACAGCUGGACGGCGCGAUGGCGGGCGCCGAGCCCGUGUUCCGCGGUGGCCAGGUGGUGGCGGGCCGCGUGCUGCUGGAGGUGGUGGGCGCGGCGCGCGUGGCCGCCCUGGCGCUGCGGGCGCGGGGUCGCGUGCACGCGCACUGGACCGAGUCCCGCAGCGCGGGCUCGAGCACCGCGUACACGCACAGCUACAGCGAGCGGGUGGAGCUUGUGGGCCACCGCGCCACGCUGCUAGCGCCAGACACCGGGGAGACCACAACGCUGCCCGCGGGCCGCCACGAAUUCCCGUUUAGCUUCCAACUGCCAGUCGCUCUGGUCACCUCGUUCGAGGGGAAGCACGGCAGCGUCCGCUACUGCGUCAAGGCCACGCUGCGCCGGCCCUGGGCGCCCGCGCGCCGCGCCCGCCGCGCCUUCACGGUCAUCCAGCCGGUAGACAUCAACUCACCCGCGCUGCUGGCCCCGCAGGCGGGCGUUCGUGAGAAGAUGGCCCGGCCCUGGUGCGGCCCGCGCGGCCUGGUCUCGCUGGCAGCCAAGAUCGAGCGCAAGGGCUUCACGCCAGGAGAGGUCAUUCCCAUCGAGGCCGAAGUGGACAACGCGUGCGCCCGGCCCGUGCGGCCCCGCGCCGCCCUGGUGCAGACGCAGACGUUCCUGGCCUGUGGCGCGCGCAAGGAGAAGCGCACGGUGCUGGCGAGCGGCGCGGGCGCGCCGGUGGGGCCGGGGCGGCGGGCGCGGUGGCGGGGCCCCGCGCUGCGCAUCCCGCCCGUGGCGCCGUCCAUCCUGCAGUGCCGUGUGCUGCAGGUCUCCUACUCGCUCAAGGUCUGCGUGGACAUCCCCGGCACGUCCAAGCUGCUGCUGGAGUUACCCCUGGUCAUCGGCACGGUCCCCCUCCAUCCCUUCGGUAGCCGCUCGUCCAGCGUGGGCAGCCAGGCCAGCUUCCUCCUCGACUGGGUGCCGGGCGCCCUGCUGGGACCGCUGGAGGCUCCUCCUGCCUAUGCCGACGUGGUGACGGAGGAGGUGGCGACGGCGCCCAGCCCCUUCCCGCUGCCCCCGGACCCGGGCCCGGGCCUGGACGGCCCCUACCUGGCCUACGUGCAGGCGUUCCGCCUCCGCCCGCCGCCGCUCUACUCGGAGGAGGACCCGAACCCACCCUCGGAGGCCAGCAGCGGGCACUGCAGGACCUGCUGAGCGGCCAGCAGAGGCCACAGGGCGAGGUUGCAGCGGCGGCCCAGCGCCGAGCACGCGGGCUGGGUUCGCGGUGGCAAGUCAGCGCCCAGGAGAGUCGACGGGCGUUUGCUCCCUGUGCCCGCCCCCGGGCAGUGUGGGCUCCCCAGGAAGGACAAAGCCGGUGUGGACACUUGGGGCUUCUUGGGGGGAAGGGCAUUUUACCUGAGGCUUUGACAUGGAGGCGGAGAAGGCGGAGCUUCCCCACCGCGUCUGCCCUGCUCAGGGGCGCCGGCUCCACCCCGGGGGUGGCCUUGAGGAUGAGGGCCACAGGUCCUGCCAGUGGGGACUUCUGACACCGGAGCCCGGGGUAGUGCAGGGCCAGAGCCUGAGCGCCCAGCGAGCUUCUUCCGAAGCCAGGUCCUGGGUGGGCUGAGAAUUUCAAGGUGGACUGGCACGCGGGGGCCGGGGCGGGAGGGGGGGACGUCCACCCGUGGGGGGGACUUCCAGGGUGGGGGGGCAGCCGCCCCAGGUCCACCCUCCCGGCCGCCUGGGCGGGGCGCGUGUGCCGCGGGCAGAGCCCAGACGGGAGGCCCAGGGCGGGACGGGAGCUGGGGUCAAGGCUGGGCAGCCCCGGGGUCCCAGGAAGGGCCCUGCAGAGUUUGGGGGCCAUCGUUUUUAUUGACUUAAACUUCACAUAAAAAAGCAACCCUUUCAAAGCA